AUGGACGAGGGACCCAUUUUAAAACCCCAGGCUGCGGUGCUUGCAUGGUCAAUAUGGGGUAUUUCUGGAGAAGACGGCUCUGAUUCGCAUGUGCCCUCGAGACGAGUUGAGUCUACUCCAAGCCUUAACACACCAGCCGGCUCCGGGGCUGCCCCGCUUGCUACGCGACCCGCUCCAGGCGCUUUGCAAUCUCUUGGCGCUCCCUGCAUCACCGGUGGCACAACGGGCAUCGGUCGAGCAAUAGCGUUGGAAUACCUUCGACAAGGAGCCAAUGUCGCCGUGAACCACCUCGAUCUUCCCCAAGAUUCAAAACACAAGCACAGCCUCCUGGAAACGGCGCAAGAGAUCAAGAGCCGAGGCGCGAGCGAGGGCCUGCCGGCUGGAGAGCUCAUCGAAGUGUCUGGAGACAUCACGAAGCCGGAAACAGCAUGCGAAUUCCUCUCAAUCGAUCAGAAAUUGUUUGACCAGUCCAUAAACGUGAAUAUCAAUGGCACGUUCUACACAUGCCAGGCGGCAGCUCGUCAGAUGAAGAAGCAAGGCCGCGGCGGAUCAAUAAUAGGCAUCUCCUCGAUCAGCGCGUUACAAGGUGGUGGCCUCCAGGUACACUACACGCCGACCAAGGCGGCUGUCCUAUCAAUGAUUCAGUCAAUGGCUAUUGCGCUUGCAAAGGACAAGAUCCGGUGCAAUGCCUUGUUGCCCGGGACAAUCCACACACAGCUGGCGGAUCACGACAUGGCAAACGAUGUCAAGCGCAAAUAUCUAGAGCAUCGCAUACCCAUGGGGCGGGUGGGCAGACCAGAAGACCUGGCUGGACCUGCGGUAUUCCUGGGCUGCGAGCAACUCAGUGGAUUCAUGACCGGGUCGCAGAUGUUGGUGGAUGGCGGAAUUCUCACUUGUCGCCGUCGCCACAUCAAAUGCGACGAGAAGAAGCCGGUUUGUGGAGGCUGUACGAGGACGAAGCAGUCAUGCGUAUAUGGCCCCGUCCAGCCUCACCGAGCACGCGAGACUUCAAGUUCCGCAUCCAGGACCGAGGGACAGUCGAGUCCACCAGUGGCGGACACGUUGGCGGGUUCCCCCACAACUUGUGAGCAUGGGAAGACCGGGGGAGUUGCCGAGGAAAAGAGAGGCGUGUCAGAACCAUCUUGGUCGCGCAUUAAUGAGCAGAACGGUCUACCAGCAGCCACAGUCACAAGCAUCAGCAACAUCACUGCGUCUACGACUACUCCCUUUGAGGAUGGCGAUGCCAUCUCGCCCCUGUCGCACAUCAACGUCUCCACGCAGCCGACCUUGUUAACUCCCCAGCCCGAACUCGAGCCCGGCACGCUCUGUGCGGAUACGUCAACCCCACAAGAUCGCCAAACACGAGCAUCAUUCAGCUCCUCCCGGGCCAAUGUGGACAACGCAACCUCCAUCUGGGUUGACUUGCUCAUCCAUGACGCUGCUCUGCAAUCAGAACAUCCGGCCAACGUCGAUAUUGACUUGGAAGGUGUUGAUAUUCUUGACCACUCGCUUCUGCGGUCCCCUACUCACUUUGUGAACAAACCGACUGUAGCAUAUCCAGCACCCGAGGAGCUCGGACAAUCGCCCGCGUCGUCGUGCCCACUUCUUCAAGAGCGAACUUCCAGCGUCAUAGAAUUCGAGGCCUUGGAGAAGAAGGAAUGGCAGUCGGCCUCGCCCAUUUCACUGACUUCUUCGGAGCUCGUGCUGUUCCAGCAUUUUGUGCGAAAAUUAAGCCAAUGGAUGCAUAAUGUAGGACUGAUGAAUGCCAUCUGGGCUCUUUCCUCACGCCACCUGUCCCUGAGCAGCCAGCCAAACGAGACUCCCUUGUACGAUCCCAAUGAUGCCCUUCCAUACUACUACAAGACACUGCGCUACGUCCAGAAGGCCAUGCAGUACAAUACGUACAAGACGAGCCUGGAGCUGCUCGCCACUUCACUCAUUGUCUCCACAUACGAGAUGCUGGACGGAUCCAGCCAGGACUGGGAGAGGCAUCUUCACGGCGUCUUCCUGAUCCAGCGCUCGCAGAUCAUACACGGCGAUUCGAUGGGUCUGCGCCAAGGUGUGUGGUGGGCAUGGCUCUGCCAGGAUGUCUGGGCCGCGUACCGCGAAAGGCGUAGGCCCUUCACGUUCUGGAAGCCGGUGCGGACAUUCCGGGACCUGGAGCCCUCUGAUCUCGCUGCUCGGUCUGUCUACCUGUUUGCGCAGGUGGUCGGGUACUGCUCGGGAGAAAACAUGGAGGACGGCGCGAUGGAGCCCUUAGCACGAAUCUCCAGGGCUAGGGAGCUCAGAGGCGUGCUGGAAGACUGGAAGACGUACCUGACUGCUGAGUUUGAACCGCUGCCUCAGCCGCGCUCGGCUGAGGAUGUCUUUGAGCCGAUUUGGAUCCAUCCAACAGCUUUUGGUAAGUCAACUCCCAAGCCUGGACUCGAAGGCGUUUACAUCUGA